UCUGAGGAGUGCCCUCUUCUAAAAAUGUUGAAUUUCUUAAUAAGUAAAGAUUUCCGGAAGAUUCUCAAGCGCAAAGAUAGCGAUGCUGGGGAAAGAGCAAGAGCACUGGAAGACUUGAGAGCUUCUCUGUUUAAUGAAUUCCGUUCCUCUGAAGGUGCAAAACGUCAACAACAGCUUACAUGUGGUCCGGCUGCAGCACUUUCCUUCAAUUUUCUGGUUGCAGUUGGUAUUAUUUUCAUGAACAAAAUGGUGUUUCAAACUGUUCAAUUCAAAUUCCCUAUUCUUCUCUCUCUGAUUCACUAUGUAGUGAGCUGGUUAUUAAUGGCUGUACUAAAUGUGUUUUCUUUGCUCCCUGCAUCUCCUUCCUCAAAAUCGACUCAACUGUCUGCUUUAUUUACUCUUGGAAUUGUUAUGUCUCUAUCUACUGGCCUUGCUAAUGUUAGCUUGAAGUAUAAUAGCAUUGGUUUCUAUCAGAUGGCAAAGAUUGCAGUAACACCUUCAAUAGUUAUGGCAGAAUUUGUGUUGUACAGGAAGAAAGUUUCUUGGUCCAAGGCUUUAGCAUUAACGGUGGUAUCUAUUGGUGUUGCCGUGGCUACAGUGACUGAUCUGCAGUUCCAUGUGUUUGGUUCCUGUGUAGCCUUGGCAUGGAUUGUGCCAAGUGCUGUAAACAAAAUCCUCUGGUCCAGACUGCAGCAGCAAGAAAACUGGACAGCAUUGGCGUUGAUGUGGAAAACAACACCUAUAACUUCAAUUUUCCUGGCUGCUAUGAUACCCUGCUUAGACCCUCCAGGUGUGCUUUCCUUUGAUUGGAACUUCAGGAACACGUUAGUGAUUCUCACAUCAGCUAUUAUUGGAUUUUUGCUUCAGUGGUCUGGUGCUUUAGCGCUAGGGUAA